CAUGUGUCGGCGAUCGCAGUUUCCAUUUCCCCAGAAGAGCCGCCCACCGGCGCUGUCUUUCGAAAGUAAACCGAGACAGCCAGCAAAAGGAAACCGCGGGCUGCUCCUGGUCCUAGCUUGUCGCUCGAUGUCAACAGCUUUCUAGAGGCGAACUUUCUAGAGGCGAACUCUUUGCCGCCAGACCGCAACUUCAACGUUUCUGCAAAGUAUUCCCUCGCCCGCCAGACAAGUUUCGUGCGCCCGCCAGACAAGUUUCGUGCGCUACAAAGUAUUCCCUCGCCCGCCAGACAAGUUUCGUGCGCUACAAUCGAUUCUUCGAUUUGGCAUCCCCUGGAGAGGACUUUGCCUAAGACGGUGGCGUUGGGGGGUCGCGGUAAGAAAGCUGCCCAAGGAACAUGCCCGGGCGCAGGGCGAGUAGACCGGCGGGCUCGCCUUCGGCUGGCGCGUCCUUGCUGCUCUUCCCCGAGGCUGCCUUCUUCCAAGAGGACCCUGCAGCCAUCCGCCAGAUCAGCUGUAAGCGCGGCUGCCUGGCUGUGGUGAAGACCGACGGGACGGUGGUCGUUUGGGAUCGCGCAGAGGAGGGAAGCGGCCAAAGUCCCGCUAGGAAACCCAGGCACAUUAACCUGAAGAAGAAGAUCAAGGUGGAUUUACUGGACUGUGAAACAUCUCACCUGCUCAUUCUCUCAUCAGAAGGAAAACUUUCUGAGCACAGUCUUGCUUUCCAAAACGUUGAGUCAAAGCCAAGAUUGCUGAAAGAAUUAGGAGACAGACGCAUUGUUCAAAUUGCCUGUGGUGACCAUCAUUCCAUGGCCCUGUCAAAAGGAGGAGAGCUCUUUGCCUGGGGUCAGAAUGAAUAUGGCCAGCUUGGCGUGGGAAGAGAGAUGAGUUCUGCCAGGGAACCACAGCUGGUGCAGGCGCUUGAAGGCAUUCCUUUGGCAAAGAUUGCAGCUGGAGGAUUUCAUAGCAUGGCAGUCUCUCUGUCUGGAUCGGUCUAUUCUUGGGGAAAGAAUGCCUUUGGGCAACUGGGCCUUGGAAAUACAGAAGAUAGGCAUUCCCCUACGUACGUGAAUGCUUUGGAACAUAAGAAGACUGUGUUUGUUUCAUGCGGAGGAGAACACACUGCAGUUCUUUCAAAGGAUGGGCUGGUCUGUACUUUUGGGGCUGGCUGCUAUGGCCAGCUUGGCCACAACUCCACACGUAACGAGAUGUUUCCACGUCUUGUGGCAGAGCUGUUUAGUGCUCGAGUGUCUAAGGUAGCCUGUGGGAGAUGGCACACUCUUGUCUACGUCCCAGACCUGAAGAAAGUCUACUCGUUUGGUUCUGGAUCUGAAGGGCAGCUUGGCAAUGGGAGAAAGUGUAAUCAGUUGAUACCUUUUCCUGUUGACUUGGUUAAGAAGGGCAAGAAAUUCACCCAGGAAGGGAAUGCUUCAGAGAAACAGAUUAAAAUCAUCGCUGGCGAUAACCAAAGUAUUGUGAUUUCUCUGAAGGAAAAGAAUUCAUAUGCCAAUUUAAACCGGACAAUUGCCACGUUAGAAGAGGAAGAGACAGAUAAAUGGGUUUCUAAUUUGGAUCCUAACCGCUGGCCGAACAUUAGACAGGAGAUUAAGUUGAUCUUCUCGUCAGUAGCCUGUGUCAAUGGAAGCUUCCUGAAAAAGAGUCAAGAUGAACAUUUCAGAACAUCUCAGGGGGUUGCAGGUAUAAAUAUGUCAGCUGUGCUCCUUUUCUCUGACAAGAUUGUAGAAAAGCCUAAAGUCUACACAGAGGUGAUGAAAGCUGUUAAAAAGCUUGUACAGUCCCUGCUCUACUCUGCUACUUCCCCCGAAGCACUCAGAGUCUUUCUCAUCCUGCCUGUAAUCUUACGGAAGGAGGACCUCCAGUCGGACUCUCUGCUUUGCCAGUUGGCACAAGCCAUUAUGUCUCUUCAGCCGGAAAAUAGCCAAAUGCUCAAAUCUCUGUUGUCCAACCUCAACGUUCCCUUCUUCAAGGAUCUGGUGGACUUGUAUCGAAGACUUUCCAGUUUCAAAUUAUCUUCCAUCAUUGAACAGAUAAGAUCUUUGGAGCAGUUGGACCGACAUAGGGACAUAAUUUACCCUAUGUUCAUCCUACAGGUUUUAUAUGAGGUAAAUUGCAGGACUGGUUUCCGGAUCCAGGAAAAGAACUUCUAUAUACCUGAAGUGAAAAAAAUGCUGCAUCCUCCAAAAUGGAAGCCCAGGCAAAAUCCUGAACAAAUGCACAGAAGAAUUUGCUCAAAGCUCGAAGAAGUGAAGUUCCCUUUAUAUGUUUCUGUUCGGUUCCCUUGUAUCUUGGAUACGGAAGCGAAGAUUCUGCUGCACGAUUUGGACCGGCACAUGUUGCAGGGUCUCUGCAGCAGGCCACGCCCUGAUGCCAUCACAGAACUGCAUGUGAGGAGACAACAUCUGCUCCAAGAUACGUGGGUGUGUAUAAGGAAUAUGGAAACGAACCAGUUUCAACACUUCCUCAAAGUCUGUUUUAUUGGAGAACCUGGAAUAGAUGACGGAGGGCCAUCCCAAGAGUUCUUCUCAGUCCUCAGAAGGGAACUGUGUGCCCCAGAAGCACAGAUCUUCCAGCACUUUGAAGAGUCGCAUCUGAUUUGGUUUUCUAGCCAGGCACCAGCACAGGAAGACAUCUAUGUUCUGAUUGGGACCGUAUUUGGAAUGGCACUCUAUAAUAUGAAGAUCGCUGCCUUCCCUUUCCCUCUCGCUCUAUUCAAGAAGAUGGCAAAUAUUCCACUGACUCUGGAAGAUCUGAAAGAGCUGUCUCCUAUAGAAGGAAGGUGUCUUCAAGCAGUCUUGGAUGAACAAUAUGAUGACAUCUUAGAAAGCAUGAUGCUAGAUUUCACAGUAAUGAAAGAAGAAAGAGGAUCUAAAGUUUUCAUUGAAUUGAAAGAAAAUGGUGCUAACAUUCCUGUCACUAAGUACAAUAGAAAUGAGUACGUUGACGCGUAUGUGAAUUACAUAUUCAAUGAUUCCGUUGAGAAGCAGUUUGUGGAUUUCAUGAGUGGGUUUUUAAGAGGCUGCCCAGCUAGAAAGUGGAAAAUCUUCCUUCCUGUCGAACUCCAAGUUGUUCUGCAUGGGCGUACCGAGUAUAAUUGGAAACAACUAGAAAAGAAUGCCAGGUACCACGGAUACGAAGAGUCAGAUGAAACUAUCAAGAAUUUCUGGGCUGUGUUUCAUGAGCUUCCAGAAGAAAAGAAGAAAGAUUUUCUGGCUUUUCUUACAGGAACAAACUGCGUUCCAAGUCAAGGGAUGGAGAGAUUUGCGCUCAUUAUUGAGGAUGCAAGAAAAGAAAAUCCAGACCGAUGGUAUCCUGUAGCCAGCACCUGUUUUCGAGUAUUGAGCCUUCCCAGAUACAGUAACCAAGACAUUCUUCGAGAAAUGUUCCUGUCUGCACUAGAGCACUAUGAAAAGUUUGGCCUGUCGUAAAACCUGGAUACAAGAAACAUUGUUUUGAACUGGUUGAUCUGGACCUAGUUAAUGUCUCCUUACACCUAACUUUUAUUUCUUUGUUCACUGAAGAAAACAAACCAAGCCAAGGAUUUUAUCUCUUUGUCAAAAGGAGGAGACUUCUGCUUCUCCCUUCUGGUACCAGGUUAUGGGCUGAAGGAACAUGAAUCAGCAGCCUUUCUGUCAAUGCUUGGAAGGGAAGACUGCCUGGGAAUCUUACUAUCACCGUCUUGUAUUCAACAGUGAACAAAAAGCGGGAUAUAUGUGUAACU